AUGAAGCACCGGGCGCGUCAAACCGUCUUUUGGCCGGGCAAAUCGAACGACAUCACUUUAUGGGUGGAAAGCUGCCAGGCAUGUCAGGAGAGGCUCCCGCGUCAACAGAAGGAGCCCCUAAUGCACGACCCACUGCCAACACGGGUGUUUGAAGAUGUUUUCGCCGACCUUUUCCUGGUGGGCCCGCUACACGUCCUCGUUUAUGCGGACCGCCUAUCCGGAUGGCCCGUCGUUCACCAAUGGCGUCACGACCCGUCCGCACGUGAAGUUACACAGGCUGUCAUUGAAAAUUUCGUCGACCUGGGCGUUCCCGUGCGGAUGCGUUCCGAUAUCGGCCCACAGUUCGAAGCCCACAGUUUCCAGACCAAAUUACGCCAAUGGGGCGUAGGGUGGGGCAACACUACACCACACUACCCCCAAAGCAACGGCCAUGUGGAAGCAUCAGUUGCAGCGAUGAAGGACCUAGUGACCAAAAUCUCAACCCACGGUGAUAUCACAUCGGACGAGUUCACCCGCGGAAUGUUGGAGUUCCGAAACAACCCGAGGGAAAACGACAAGUCACCAGCGGAAAUCAUUUUCAGACAUCCGUUACGGUCCAUUAUUCCAGCGCACCGAACGGCAUACGCUACUCGUUGGCAGUCGGCCAUGGAAGGCCGUCACCGGCAAACAGCGAUCGACGUGGAGGUCAAGUUCCGUUACGACGAACACGCUCGGCCACUUGCCCCGCUAUCAUUGGGCAGCCACGGGCGGGUGCGGGAUCCAACGUCAAAACUCUGGUACAAAGUCAGCGUCGUGGUCGGCAUAGGCCGUUAUCGCUCUUACCGGAUCAAAUUCGCAAGCGGGAGCGUGUUGUGGCGCAACCGAAGAUUUCUCCGACCGAUGGUAGCUGUUCCGAAUACUAACGAGCCGCCAGCAUUUCACGGAGGCGCUGGCGCGGAUGACAGCACGGAGGUUCAGCAGGCGGCAGCCGGGCAGUUGGAUGGCACACAACAGGACAACAUCCCAAGUGCGUCUCUCCCUCCCGGGACCACCAGCAAUUCGCUCGAUACAGCAGCAGACGCUGGACAACAGCCCGUACGUCAGGGUGAGCGUCUUCGAAAGAAGAGAGUGAUGUUCGACAUAUAA